AUGGGAACUCCGGCGAAGCACCCCCGUGCCGUCCCACGCCACCUACAGGCCGCAGUCUCCACCGUAUCCACCGCGCAGAUACUCCGCUCUUCCGGCUACUCCGCCGCGGAACCUACCGCGCUCCGGGCCCUCUCCGACAUCGCUGGCCGCUACAUCGCGUCUCUGGGCCGCGCAGCAGCAGCUUUCGCCGAGGCCCGUGGCCGCACGGAGCCCAACGUCGCCGACGCCGUCCUCGCGCUCGAGGACCACGCACUCGGCGGCUUCCCCGGCGCGUCCGACCCCACGCGGCCGUUGCUCUGUUCCGGCGCGCUCGCGGAGCUCGCCCAGUUCGUCGCCGCGGUGAGGGAGGUCCCGUUCGCGAAGCCCCUGCCGAGGAGGGAUCCGGGCUGCGGUUCCAGCGACGGGUGGGAGAGCUUCGCGGCGGCGGGGAGGGAGCCGCCGCUGAGGCACGUUCCACAGUGGCUGCCUUGCUUCCCCGAGGGGUGGGAGGAACAGUUGCGCGUUCGCUGCCAGGAGGCAGCGAAUGACGAGAAGGACACGGGGCAAGUGGUAACGGUGAUGAACGGUAAUGGCAAGAGAGGCAUGCCGGAGAAUAGGGAGAAGCUGUCGUUCCUCUUGGGACAAAAGCGGCAGCGUGUGAAACCAUCCGACAAGCAUGGUGGUGCCUUCGAGCCGUUCACAAAACAAGGAGAAAAUUCUCUAUCCAUAGAAUGUAUCUCUUCAGCUUCAAAUUUAGUCAUUGGUCCAUAG